CUCUUACGUUUUCUCCUCUCUCUCUCUCUCACACGCACAUUUAUACGAACAGCUCUCUGUCUUUCUCAAUCAGAGUUUCAAUGGCUGCAUUCACAGUGAAACCCAAACACACCAGUCUAUCCUAUGUACUCAUGCUCUCAAUCCUCUGCACACUCUCCUAUUUCAUCGCUAUAUGGAAACAUUCCCCCUCCGCCACCACCAUUCGCAACGCAAUCCAAUGCAAUUUCCUCAACCAAACCACCACCACCGCCGUCAUCAAUCUCGACUUCUCCUCCCACCACCAGGCCCAAGACCCGCCGUCCACGGAGGCGACUGUGCUUGACUUCCCUCCCUGCGACUCCGAUUUCACCGAAUACACGCCCUGCGAGGAUGUGGAGCGAUCGCUGAAAUUCGAUCGGGAUAGGAAUAUAUACAGAGAAAGGCACUGCCCGGAGAAGAAAGAGUUGUUGAAGUGUCGCGUGCCGCCUCCGUUCGGGUACAAGGUCCCAUUCCGGUGGCCCGAGAGCAGGGACUUGGCCUGGUAUGCGAAUGUGCCUCACAAGGAACUGACUGUGGAGAAGAAGAACCAGAAUUGGGUUCAUUUCGAAGGGGACCGGUUCAGGUUUCCGGGCGGAGGGACCAUGUUUUCUCACGGUGCGGAUGCGUAUAUUGAUGAUAUUGGGAAAUUGAUUAAUCUCUCAGACGGGUCGAUCAGGACCGCCAUUGAUACAGGGUGCGGGGUUGCGAGUUGGGGAGCUUACCUUCAAUCGCGGAACAUCCUAACAAUGUCAUUUGCUCCAAGGGACACACACGAAGCUCAAGUGCAAUUCGCUCUUGAGCGAGGAGUCCCAGCAUUGAUUGGAGUUCUUGCUUCAAUUAGGCUUCCUUACCCUUCAAGAGCCUUUGACAUGGCUCAUUGCUCACGCUGCCUUAUUCCUUGGGGCCAAUAUGAUGGACUUUACUUGAUCGAAGUUGAUCGAAUUCUACGUCCUGGUGGGUACUGGAUUCUAUCCGGGCCGCCAAUAAACUGGGAGAAAUAUUGGAAAGGUUGGGGCAGAUCCAGAGAGGACCUGCAAGCAGAGCAAACUAAGAUUGAGAGCAUUGCGAAAAGCCUGUGCUGGAAAAAAUUGAAGCAGAAGGGGGACCUUGCUAUUUGGCAAAAACCCACUAAUCAUAUCCACUGUAAAGCCAACCGUAGAGUGUUCAAACAGCCACGCUUUUGCAAUCCAAAGAGUCCGGAGGACAAGGGAUGGUACACCAAACUGGAGAAAUGUUUGACUCCCCUGCCAGAAGUGUCCAACAUUCAAGAAAUUGCCGGUGGGCAGUUGGCAAAAUGGCCAGAGAGGUUGACUUCAAUUCCUCCCAGAAUUAGCAGUGGAAGUUUGGGUGGAAUCACAGCAGAUAAUUUCCGAGAAAACACAGAGCUAUGGAAGAAGCGAGUUGCAUACUACAAAACUUUGGACUAUCAGCUAGCGGAGCGUGGUCGGUAUCGCAACUUGCUCGACAUGAAUGCUCACUUAGGAGGCUUUGCAGCUGCACUCGUUGAUGAUCCUGUAUGGGUUAUGAACAUUGUCCCUGUUGAGGCUGAGAUCAAUACUCUUGGCGUCAUCUACGAACGUGGAUUGAUCGGAACGUAUCAGAACUGGUGUGAAGCAAUGUCUACUUAUCCAAGAACAUACGAUUUCAUUCAUGCUGAUUCAGUUUUUAGCCUAUACAAGGACAGAUGCGGAAUGGAAGAUAUACUGCUAGAGAUGGAUCGGAUAUUGAGGCCGGAAGGAAGUGUGAUUAUCCGAGAUGAUGUCGAUGUUCUGACAAAGAUGAAGAACAUGAUAGAUGUUAUGGAAUGGGAUGGGAGGAUCAUGGACCAUGAAAACGGACCCCAUGAGAGGGAGAAGAUUCUUGUUGCAGUGAAACAGUAUUGGACCUCACCAGCCCCUAAACAAAAUCAACAAGGAACCUCAACAGCUUGAUACAUAUACAGUGUGUUUUUUUUUUUUUUUCUCUCUGUCAUUGUUUUGUUUAUUCUUUUCUUUUCUUUUUUUGCUUUAUUUUUCUCUAGUUAUUUAAGUAAAAAUCAAUUUUUACAUCCACUUUUGAAUGUGGAAUAACAAAUAGUUGGAUCGUCACAUAAUAAAAAGAUAUUGUUCUUCAAUGUUUGAGGAACCUUCAAGAGCUUGAGGAAGAGGAGUGUUGGAUUCUACAAUGUUCUUCACAUUUUUCUCUCUCUCUUUACUUUUAUG